UUAGCAGCAAGUGCUUCACAUUCUUAGCACGCCCAGCUCCCGGGAAGCAGGGGAGAGCCGCACGCCCAGGUUCGGGUAAGUCUCUCUGCCGAGGGAUAAGAAAAACAAAGAAGCGCAAACUACGCUACUUUCGAGCAUGACGCUGCCGAUAGAUCAAGCAGAGGAGCUGCGUCUCUACCAGCAGACGCUUCUCCAGGACGGGCUCAAAGAUAUGCUGGACCACAACAAGUUCCUGGAUUGUGUCUUGAAAGUCAAGGGGAAGGAAUUCCCCUGCCACCGGUUGGUGCUGGCCGCCUGCAGCCCCUAUUUCCGGGCCAUGUUCCUUUCGGACAUGGAGGAGAGCAAGAAGAGGGAGAUCAACCUGGAGGAUGUGGACCCCGAAGUCAUGCACAAGAUCCUUCAUUACAUCUACACCUCCGAGCUGGAGAUCACGGAGCAGAACGUGCAGGACAUUUUCUCUGUGGCCAACAUGUUCCAGAUCCCCUCCAUCUUCACAGUCUGCGUCUCCUUCCUGCAGAAGCGCCUCUGUCUCAGCAACUGCCUGGCCGUCUUCAGGUUGGGCUUGAUGCUGGACUGCGCCCGCCUGGCGGUGGCUGCCCGGGACUUCAUCUGCGACCGUUUUGUCCUGAUCUCCCGGGACGAGGAGUUCUACCAGUUCUCCCCCGAUGAGCUCAUCGCUGUGAUCUCCAGCGACUCUCUCAACAUUGAGAAGGAGGAGGCCGUCUUCGAGGUGGUGAUGAAAUGGGCGGCUGCCAAGGACCACGAGAGUCGGCUUCAGGCCUUGCCGGUGGUCUUUGAGAGCAUCCGCUUCCGCCUCAUGCCCAAGGAAUACCUCAAGGACCAUGUGGAGAAGCAUCCCAUUGUGAAAUCCAGCCCGGAGCUGCUCAAGAAAAUCCAGAUGGUGAAGGAUGCCAACGAAGGCAAACUCACAGUGGUGAAAAAGAAGGUGGCGAAGAAAAGCGAUGAGAAGAAAGAUGGGGACAGCAUCGUCAAUGGAGGUGUGGACGAGGGGGACGAUAUCGAGGAGGACAUGCUCCCAGGGAUCUUGAAUGACACAAUGCGCUUUGGGAUGUUCCUCCAGGACCUCAUCUUCAUGGUUAGCAGUACCGGGGCAGUGGCCUAUGACCCCAGCGCUAACGAAUGCUACUUUGCCUCCAUCUCGUCUCAGAUCCCAAAGAAUCACGUCAGCCUGGUAACCAAAGAGAACCAGAUCUUCAUAGCAGGUGGACUGUAUUACAACGAGGACAACAAAGAGGACCCCAUGAGCUCCUACUUCUUACAGUACGAUCAUCUGGACUCUGACUGGCUGGGCAUGCCCCCUCUCCCUUCCCCCCGCUGCCUCUUCGGCCUGGGUGAGGCCGAAAACUCCAUUUUCGUGGUAGGAGGGAAAGAACUGAAAGAAGGAGAACAUACCUUGGACUCUGUCAUGUGCUACGAUCGAUUGUCAUUUAAAUGGGGCGAGUCGGACCCUGUCCCCUAUGCGGUCUAUGGCCAUGCUGUGGUGUCAGACAAGGAUCUAGUCUACCUCAUAGGAGGCAAAGGAAGUGACAAGAAGUGCCUGAAAAAGAUGUGUGUCUACAACCCUAAGAAGUUUGAGUGGAAGGAGCUGGCUCCCAUGAAAACCGCCCGUUCUCUGUUCGGCGCAACCGUGCACAAUGGCAAGAUCUACGUGGCAGCUGGGGUGACUGACACGGGCUUGACUGACUCGGUGGAAGCGUACGACAUUGCAGCUAACAAGUGGGAGCCCUUCACUGAAUUCCCCCAGGAGCGCAGCUCUGUCAGCCUGGUGAGUCUGGGGGGCAGCCUGUAUUUACUUGGCGGAUUUGCCACAGUGGAGACCGAGUCAGGAGAACUGGUGCCAACCGAACUCAAUGACGUCUGGAGGUAUGAUGAAGAAGGGAAGAAGUGGGAAGGCGUCCUCAGAGAGAUCCAGUAUGCCUCAGGAGCCACCUUCCUUCCUGUGCGCAUGAAUGUUUUACGGCUAACAAAGAUGUAAAUGAUGCAAUGAUUUAUGUUGGUCCUGUUUUUUUUCUAAGUUCACUUUUAAAAAUGUGAUGGGGAGUGGGGAGUAAUUUUUAUUGGAUAAGCAAGAGAUUUGUCUGUUAUUUGUUGCCACUUUAGUUCACCCAGAAGGGAAGAGAAAGAAUUAAGUUGAACCCUUAUGGGAGCUUAAAGAAGAUUAAAGCACGAGAAUCCAGAUCUGGGUACCACAAAGAGCAGUGAUGGGUGGAUUACCUGGGAGUUCAAGACUCAUUCUACCUCUAGAAACAGAUUCCUUCCCUUCUUCCUUUCUGGAUAGGAACCACAAUUUUCCAUCAGGACAGAAUCUUGAAUUCAGGAAUUCACAUCUUCCCUUCUUAUUCCCUUUCCAGGAAUUCACAUCUUCUUUCUCCCAAUUUUCUCCUUCCAUCCAACAAGGCCCUUCUUCGUCUCCACCACCCCUCUGACCAGGGAAGUCGGGAGACGGAUCCCAAAAGAAUGAAGCAAGCCAGAAUAGCACAUUCCCAUGCAAGGGAAUUUCAAACACAAGGUAGUUCCCAGCCAACCUUCCAAAAGGGAGUCAUUCGUUAGCAGUAAGGGAAGCAAGAGAUCUGUGCUGUAGGCACUUGGUGCUGGUCUGAAGCAUGUGAGAGGCCUUGGCCAUUCUAUUGAGUAUAACUCACAAAGAAAAAAACAGUGUGCGUGUGAGGGAUAGGGGAAAUGCUCCUGCAGCAACAGCAAACAGCAAGCUAGAUAGGGCUAAAAAGAGCGAGCACCGAAGAACAGGUGCAAUCAGACCAGUCUGUUGUAAUAGGUGCCUCAGGGUUUGUUUCUACUAUGCCAGGGUUCAAUGCUGCAGCAAUUGACCCACCGGCUGUCAAUUUAUCACAUCUGCUUAGAUGCGAUAAACCAAUCUCUGAGUGCUCUCCCGUCAAUGCCUGUACUCCACCAGGACAAGAGUAGCCAGCAUUGAUGGGAGAGGAGCCCUUGCUGACCUUAUCACAGACAAGACCGCAAUAAGUAUGUUGACUUUUACGUAGCCGAAGUCACAUAGAUUAGAUCGAUGGUGGGGGUCAGUGUAGACAAAGCCUCAGACACGCUCUCCAACAGAUUUCCACA